AUGGGUCCAAAAAAGAAGGCGAAGACUAUCAGACCACACUUGCGAAGACAAUCUACUUCAAUACCAACUGUCCAUAAUGAGACACAAUCAUACCCAUCCCUUGAUAGGGUGGCCCAAUCAUUACCCCCCGUCGAUGGGCCGCCCCCUUCUGUUGAUAGGAUGGUGGAGUCAUCACCUUCUGUAGUUUGUCCUUCUCAGCCAUCAUUACCUUCACAGAAAGGGACCCAACCUUCUACAUCGAUACAAAUGGAAGGCCAACUACCCAGACAUAUAGAGAUCAGCAGAGAGACCCAGUCAAGCACACAUGUACCAAUAGAACAACAUUCGGAAGCAGAAAAUGUCGACUUGUGUUCCGAGAUUGGAGAUCGUUUUGUUGUCGUUGUUGAUAGUAAUGGAGGUAGAGUAAAGAGACCAUUGCACUCGAUUCAUGACAUUUGGCAUCUUCCAGAAGGGGAGCGAAUUGAUAUGGAGCUCAAUAAUCUUGGUCAACCCAUUAAAAAGCAAGACUCAAAAGUGGUAAGGUUUGGUGGCCUGAUAGCAAGAACUAAUAAGUUGGUUCCAAUUAUUUACAAGGAUUGGAGGUCGGUGCCUAAAACCAUAAAGGAGGAAGCGUGGGGUCUUAUAAUGGGCAAGUUUAAAGUUCCUGAUGACAAAUUGGAUGCAUUCAAAAAAUGGAUACUGAAGGACCUGGGGAAGAAAUGGAAAGACUACAAGCACGAAUUGAAGAAAAAGUUACUUCAUGAAAAAGAUACCUCUGCAGCACAAGUUGUGGCAAGGGCAAGUCCCGAUAUGGUGGACUUAUCGCAACUAGCGGAGUUGGCCAAUCUUUGGUUCGAUCCAGAAUAUAAGUCAAAAUGUAAUAAAAAUAAGGAGUGUCGCAAGAAGCAGCUGGUUGUUCACAGCGGAGGAUCGAAAAGUUAUGCAAGAUAUGCCCAUGAUGCGCAAAAAUCAACUGGGACGUUGCCAAAUCGAGCCCAAUUGUUUGUUACGACCCAUAAAAGAAAGGAUGGCACCCACUACAAUGAUGAGACGAGGAAGAAAGUGGUUGAGAUGGAGGAACUUUUAACACAAGACACAACUCCGAUAGAAAUGAGGUCUGGAGGAACCAUGACUUGGGCAUCAGAUGAUGUUUAUUCUAAAGUUAUGGGCCCAGAACGGCCUGGACGUGUGCGCGGUUUGGGGUUUGGGCCAACUCCUACAAGGCAAACUUGUCAACAUUCACUACCAACUUCUACGCAAGAAGAUGGUGCAUUAAAGGAAGAGCUUGAUAAAAUGCGAAACGAAUUAACUGAAUUGCGGAACUUAGUAAACACAUUUGUGCAUGCACAG